UAAUUAGUAACUAGAGUAACUAAUUAUAUAUGCAUGUUGAUAUAAUAAUAAGGCCCACCACUAUUUGUAUCUUCCAUCCCAUAGCCACCACAUGCCCUAUUGUUACACACCAUUCAAAAGACAAUUUAACAAAAACACUCAAUAUAUAGAUACAACACCACACACACACAUAGAAACUCAGCUCACAUAUCUAACCAAGAAACACACACACACACACAAACAAGAGAGAGAGAGAGAGAGAGAGAGAGAGAGAGAGAGAGAGAGAGAGAGAGAGAGAGGAGAAAAACACCAUCAAAUGCUGAUAGACAAACAAGAAGAGAAGCUACUCAAUCCACCACCACAUUCAUCAUCUUCCACGUCAUCAUCCUCUCCCUCCCAUGAAUUCUCCUUCACCAUCUCCCUCCACCCAUCCGCCGCCACAAGCACCAUCCCGCCGGAGAAGAACAACAAAGCUCCUCCUCCGCCGCAAGUUGCCGCCAUCGACUUAUCUCCGGCGGACGAUAUUUUCUUCCACGGACACUUACUCCCACUCCACCUCCUCUCGCACCUCUCCGCAAUCUCGCCACGCUCCUCGACAAACUCACUUGAUAGUUUCACUCUACCAAUAAAAGAAUUAUCAUCAUCAUCAUCCAAAGAAAACAACAACAACACAAGCUCGAAUAUUCAUCAUCAUCAUCAAGAAAGCAUUCUUCUAGAAGGAAAAGCCAAGCCAUCAGAAAAACCUAAAAUACCCUUCUCCUUGUUUGGAUUGCCAAGGUGGAGAAAAGGAGAUAAUCACAAUCAAGAACACAACACGAAGCAGAAACCGAAACCGAAACCGAAACCGAAAUCGAAAUUCGAUCUUAUGCAGAGGUACAUGAGAUUGAUAAAGCCAUUUCUAGUUUCGUUUAGAUCAUCAAAUAAUAGAAGAGGGAAUAAUAGUACUAAGAAUUUCUCUUUUUCCGGCGAUAUAAAAGCGGUGAGAAGCAAGAAGGGUUUGUUGAAGAGGGGUAGGAGAGGGGAAUAUUCUUCUGCACCGGCAUCAAUGAGAACUUCACCUACAAAUAGUGGACUUUUGGUGCAGGGUGCAAAUGGAAGUGGAAAUAUAACUCCUACUUAUAAUAAAAGUGAUAGCACCAUGGAAGAAUUGCAGGCUGCUAUUCAAGCUGCCAUUGCUCAUUGCAAAAGAUCUAUUUCCACUGAAGCUGAUCAUUAAUGAACCAAUUAGCUGCCAUUAUUAAUGUACUUGUAGGUUUGUUAUAUAUAUUAUAUGUAAGUAUAUAUGUAUGUAUAUUGCCUUGGGAAGAAAUUUUUUACUCAAUAUAUUGAUUUUCUAUGGAAUUCCAAAUAGGGGUUGUUUUGA